CAUCACUGGCCCGCCGGAAAGCAAUAUUUCUCCUCCUCUUUCCCAAAGCUCAGUGCAAACGAGCCUGGCGGCCGCCAAUACACAACACCAACCCGCCGGAUGGCUUGUGAAGCCUUAUUACAGGAGAUUGCAACCAACACAGCAAUUGGCAAGUGUUUCUUACAGUCAUAAUUAUAGUCAAUAUAGGGCGGCACAGAGUUAAAUUUUUAAACUUUUUUAAUGGUGGUGUGCCUCGUGAUUUUUUUCACGGAACAAGUGUGCCGUGGCCCAAAAAAGGUUGAGAAACACUGCUUUAGUUGAAUGUGCAAUCUUACUCAGAUUUACGUGCUUGGCAAACCAAAUUUUAAAAAAAGUUAGAAAGGGGGCAGCUGUCCAAGGGGAGAAAAAACUUUGGCAAUCCCAUCUGUCAUUGCACCAAAUAGCUAUUGACUAUGUGCAAUUUUGACUUUAGGCGGCAUUUCCAGAUCAUAACCCCCCCCCCCCCCAUGCAUGUGCCAAAUGUGAAGGCUUACUAUACUGUAUAUGUUUUGCUACUCUUCCCAUAUGUCAUUCUAUUGCUGUGUUGCCUGUUAACUCACCAUGUGAUUGUGCCCUUGUAUACCUAUGACCGUGCAGAUCGCAGCUGUUGUUUUGCUCAUCGCCUUUUGCUAUCCUGAUUGUGAGUGUGGUUGGGCAGUGCAUGUUAAUGGGCCACUAAUCAGCAUUAAGUGACUCCAUUGAAAAUACAUUAGUUGCAGGAGGUAGUAGUGUGCAUAUUUUCUAUCUAGCUCCAUGUGACUAGCAUGUAACUUGCAAAUCAUUUUUGUAACACUAGCAGAAGAUACCAAGCUAGUGUUGGAGAAUCUCUUGCAGCUGUUCUGGGCAAAAUUUCAAGAGUGCCCAGGGUGGAGAUGCUGCGUUUGGACGCAGAGCUUGCAAAGAUAACAGUGUCAGUUUUCUUCCUAUCCCCCAGUUUUGGUAUUUUACCACUCUCACCAUCUUAAAAUGAAAAGUAGGAUUCAUUGCUUCCAGGACAUACGGUAGAAAUGCAAAACGGUCCAUGUGGGUCAAGAGCACUUCUAGGCUGUUUUGGAUAAAUUGCCUGUACAGCAGGUGAAACCCAAUCACAGCGAUUGGAAGCUUCACAGGAGAAACACCUUGCAAGCUAACAUGUAGGACUUAUGAGCCAGAUUUCCUAGUAUCAUCAUCACUAUUUGUAUGCCACCUUUUGAACAAUUUCAUAGUAACAGGAAUAAUAAAACAAUAACAUAAUAUCAAAUGUAUCAACAGUAAGGUGUUCUAGAAAGGGGCAGCAAAAUAUAAGAUUGCCCUCCCAACCUGCCGUUGGGGUAACUCAGAAAAGUUGGUUGCAAUAAUCAAUACAGGGGUUAAUCAAGGAUGGGGUUAGGGAAUAAUCAUAGGAUACAUUUGGGGAGAAAGCAGGAACUUUUGGAGGAAAGGCAAUAAGCAGCAGAUCAAACAGUGGACGUGGCUUUCAGCUGUACAAAAUUCUUUUUAUGUAGCUCUUAUGCGUAGUUUGUUGGACUAGCCAAAUUUGGUAUGAUGCCAAAUUACAGAGAGUGAUGGAAUCUUUCCAGCUUAAGGGAGAAAGCCUUGACAUAGAGCACUAUUCCUACUUGCCUGUUGACGUGGAAAUCUUUUAUGAGCUGGGAGUAGUUGGACAUUGCAGCUUUAGAUUGCAGAUUGUUCCCAGGGAUGUUAAUCCAAAAAUGCUAGUAGUUCUCCAUUCACUUCCUGUCUUCACCUCCCUCCUGGAUGCUGUGUCCUAUCUUGGUAGUGGGAUUUCUCCCACAUUUGAUAAUACUCUGUGUCUUUUUGAGACAGCAUGUCUAGCUGUUGAAAGCUUUCCUUUUGGUGCCGGGACAAGGAAAUUUGGUUCACGGUGCAUUUCUUUACCUUUCCCAGAAGAACAUUCAGGACCCAAACCGCAAAAUGGUGUUACCCCUUAUAACAGCCUUCCUCAGCCUGGUUCCCUCCAGAGGUUUGGAGGUUGGGCUCCCAUUAUCCUUGACAAUUGAGCAUGAUGACUGAGGGUGAUUGGAGUUGCUGUCUUAAGCAUCUGGAGAGCAACAGAAAGGAGAAGACGAAUAUGCCACCAUUGAUGCUAUUGUGGUCUCAGUUGGAGUAGAUGAAGAGAUUGUCUAUGCCAAGUCCACUGCCUUGCAGACAUGGCUGUUUGGCUACGAACUCACCGACACAAUCAUGGUUUUCUGCGAGGACAAGAUCCUCUUCAUGGCCAGCAAGAAGAAAGUGGAGUUUCUCAAGCAGAUUGCAAACAGCAAGAGCAAUGAAAGCACCAACGGAGUGCCGGCUAUCACAUUGCUUGUACGGGAGAAGAAUGAAAGCAACAAGGGGAACUUUGACAAGAUGAUAGAAGCCCUAAAGGGCAGCAAGAAUGGCAAACGCAUUGGGAUCUUUAGCAAGGACAAGUUCCCUGGGGACUUCAUGAACAGCUGGAAUGAUGCUCUCAGCAAGGAAGGCUUUGAGAAGGUGGACAUCAGUGCGGUGGUGGCCUACACGAUUGCUGUCAAAGAGGAUGGGGAGCUCGCCUUGAUGCGCAAAGCAGCCGCCAUCACUUCAGAGGUCUUCACCAAGUUCUUGAAGGAGCGUGUCAUGGAGAUAGUAGAUGCUGAUGAGAAAGUGCGGCACAGCAAGUUGGCAGAGUCUGUAGAGAAGGCCAUUGAGGAGAAAAAAUACCUGUCUGGAGCUGAUCCCUCCACUGUGGAAAUGUGCUACCCUCCCAUCAUCCAGAGUGGAGGAAAUUACAACCUCAAGUUUAGCGUUGUCAGUGAGAAGGGCUACAUGCAUUUUGGUACCGUCACUUGUGCCAUGGGCAUCCGCUACAAAUCCUACUGCUCCAACCUGGUGCGCACGCUCAUGGUGGACCCACCCCAGGACACUCAGGACAACUACACCUUCCUGCUGCAGUUGCAGGAGGAGAUGCUCAAAGAACUGCGGCAUGGUGUAAAGCUGUGUGAGGUCUACGCUGCUGUCAUGGAUAUGGUGAAGAAGCAAAAGCCGGAGCUCAUGAGCAAAAUCACCAAGAACUUGGGGUUUGCCAUGGGCAUCGAGUUCAGAGAGAGUUCACUCGUGAUCAAUAGCAAAAACCAGUAUCGGCUCAAAAAAGGAAUGGUUUUCAGCCUCAACGUAGGGUUCUCAGACCUCACCAACAAAGAAGGAAAGAAGCCAGAGGAGAAAACGUACGCAUUGUUCAUCGGGGACACGGUGUUGGUGGAAGAGGAUGGUCCAGCUACUCUCCUGACUUCUGUCAAGAAGAAGGUCAAGAAUGUCAGUAUUUUGCUAAAGAAAGAGGAUGAAGAGGAGGAGGAAGAAGAAGACGAUACGGAGGGAAUACUGCUUGGCCGUGGUUCCAGGGCAGCACUGCUGCCAGAAAGAACUCGGAAUGAACUGACAGCUGAGGAGAAGCGUCGGGCGCACCAGAAGGAGCUGGCUGCCCAGCUAAAUGAAGAAGCCCGGAGGAGGCUGACAGAACAAAAGGGGGAGCAGCAGAUCCAGAAGGCUCGUAAGUCAAAUGUCUCCUACAAAAACCCGUCUCUGAUGCCAAAGGAGCCUCACAUCCGGGAGAUGAAGAUCUACAUUGACAAGAAGUACGAGACUGUCAUCAUGCCUGUCUUUGGCAUCGCCACCCCUUUCCACAUUGCCACCAUCAAGAACAUCAGUAUGUCAGUGGAGGGCGACUACACCUACCUGAGAAUCAACUUCUAUUGCCCGGGCAGUGCUUUGGGUCGCAACGAAGGCAACAUCUUCCCCAACCCGGAAGCCACCUUUGUGAAAGAAAUAACAUAUCGGGCAUCCAAUAUAAAAACACCCGGGGAGCAGAUGGUGCCAGCUCUCAACCUCCAGAAUGCCUUCCGCAUCAUCAAGGAGGUGCAGAAGCGCUACAAAACCCGUGAGGCUGAGGAGAAGGAGAAGGAGGGAAUUGUCAAGCAAGACUCUCUAGUGAUCAACCUAAACCGCAGCAAUCCCAAGCUGAAGGACCUUUACAUCCGCCCCAACAUCGCCCAGAAAAGAAUGCAGGGGUCUCUGGAGGCCCACGUAAAUGGUUUCCGCUUCACCUCGGUGCGUGGGGACAAAGUGGACAUUCUGUACAACAACAUCAAGCAUGCCGUGUUUCAGCCCUGCGAUGGGGAGAUGAUCAUUGUGCUACACUUUCACCUCAAGAACGCCAUCAUGUUUGGCAAGAAGCGCCACACCGAUGUGCAGUUUUAUACGGAGGUGGGCGAAAUCACCACCGACCUGGGCAAGCACCAGCACAUGCACGACCGCGACGACCUCUACGCUGAGCAGAUGGAGCGUGAGAUGAGGCACAAGCUGAAAACGGCAUUCAAGAAUUUCAUUGAGAAGGUGGAGUCUCUGACCAAGGAGGAACUGGAAUUCGAGGUGCCCUUCCGGGAGCUGGGAUUCAACGGCGCCCCCUACAGAAGCACCUGCCUGCUCCAGCCAACCAGCAGCGCCCUGGUGAAUUGCACUGAGUGGCCUCCAUUUGUGGUGACACUGGAUGAGGUGGAGCUGAUACAUUUUGAACGUGUGCAGUUCCACCUGAAGAACUUCGACAUGGUCAUCGUCUACAAAGACUACAGCAAAAAAGUCACAAUGAUCAACGCCAUUCCUGUGGCUUCACUCGACCCCAUCAAGGAGUGGCUCAACUCUUGUGACAUUAAGUACACAGAAGGAGUACAAUCCCUUAACUGGACCAAAAUCAUGAAAACUAUUGUGGACGACCCAGAAGGCUUCUUUGAGCAAGGGGGCUGGUCAUUCCUCGAGCCUGAAGGAGAGGGAAGUGAUGCCGAGGCUGGGGAGUCAGAAUCCGAGAUUGAGGACGAGACCUUCAACCCUUCCGAGGAAGAGUAUGAAGAUGAGGAGGAGGACAGCGACGAGGACUAUUCUUCUGAGGCAGAGGACUCUGCAGAUUACUCCAAGGAGUCCAUGGGCAGCGAGGAGGAGAGCGGCAAAGAUUGGGACGAGCUGGAGGAAGAAGCGCGGAAAGCUGACCGCGAGAGCCGAUACGAGGAGGAAGAGGAGCGUAGCCGCACCAUCAGCCGGAAGAGGAAGGUCCCGUCAUCGUCGUCCCAGAGUUCGAGGCACCACCGCAGCUCCCACAGUCGCAGCCCCGGCCGAAGCUCGGGCCCCUCCAAGAAGAAGAGGAAGUAAACCGCGAGCCCUUCCCACCCGCCAAUCUUUAGGGGGUUCAGGCUUUCAAGGCCUCAUCCAGCAGCCAACGUUUAGGGCAUGGGGGCAGCCAGCCAGCCCCUCCCCACAAACUUCUCCCCUCUUUCCCUCACGCACCCUCACCUUUCCCCCCCCCUGUUUCUCUGGGGAGUAUUUUGCUUUUGUUCCUUGAGUCUCCUUUUUUCUUCUCUCUGACCAUUUGUACGGACCAAUCAGCUGGGAGAGAAUGCCAGGCCCUGCAGUUACGUCAACCACGGACGCAAACUCUGCCAAGGAAGAAAGGCAGGGGAGAGGCUCAGGAAUCUGGUGUCCGUGAUCUGCUGUUCCCACCUACCCUUUUCUGUCACCUGCCCCUUGGCCUCUCCAUUCCCACUUACAUCUCUUCCCCGACUCUCGGUGUCUUUGUUCUCGGACGGAUUGGGGGCAGGGAGGCGCAGGUUGCCCUGAGAUCUACUCCAGAACCAGAGCAUGUACUUCAGCAAAAUGAACUCUGCAACUUUUCGUGGUAUUUUGUGCUGGGGCAAGGGGGGGAGGGUGGUUGCGUUCCACGUUUUUGAAGCAGGACCCCCACCCCACCCCGGGUUGUAGAGGAAUCCCACUUUGGAACAGUGACAGAGAAGAGGGCAAGAGUUUUUGAACAGGUGGGAGACCAGGGGGACGCAACUGAAUGAAAAGGGUUCCUGCUUUCUCUUCUCUUUUUUUUUUUAAAAAAAAGACAAAAAACGUCAGGCACUGUCUGUAUUUAUCUGUUUCCUUGGCUGCAGAGUCUGGUCUCCAGUGAGCAAGUGUUUUAGGGACAAAGGGUAGGGGGUUGAAUGCUUUGUCUGCCCUCUGCCUCCCUUCUCUCCUGUGGGGAAGGGGGGGAGUCAGUGAUCCACCCAUGGGAGGGCAGGGAAAGGCUUUUUCAAAACUCCUUUCUCCCCGCCCCCCCUCCAUCCUGUAGCAGUUAGCACUCUUGGUAUUUUUGACUUUGGAAAAAAACCUGAUCAAUAAAAAUGUUUUUUU